AUGGCUGAACAACCUUCACCCUCGCCAUCCGAAUUGCUCUGGAUGGUGACCGAGUUGCGGCAAGUCGUGGCUGAGGAGAACCAAAGAAUGGCAAAUCAAAUCGCCAACUUGAAUAACACUCGGACCGAAAAUAAUGACCGACAAGAACGGACAGAAGAAGCCGAGCAGCAAUCAGGGCCAACACAUAUCUCAGACACUGCUCGACAGGAAGGGGAGCGGCCCGAACAUAAUGAGGAUACUCAGAAAAAUAUUGAAAAUGACGAUCAGGAAAGCUCCCUUGGACCAUUCACGGCGGAGGUGAUGAACUUCGUGCUGCCCCGAAGGUUUACUCUGCCGACCACCCUAACUCCCUAUGAUGGGUUAGGUGAUCCGAAGAAAUACAUCAAAAAAUUCACCUCCAUAAUGAUAGUAAACGGUGCAUCUGAUAAAGUUUUGUGUCGUUGUUUUCCAUCUUAUUUAGACGGUCCUGCACUUGAUUGGUUUUGUUCUUUGCCUGCAGGUUCCAUUUCUCGAUUCCGAGACAUAUCAAAACCUUUUGAGGAGCACUUUGCUGGAUCCGCCAUCUACCUCCACGACUCCGAUUACCUGAACACGGUCAAGAAGGGCCAGCACGAAAGCCUCAAGGACUACAUGACACGCUUCACAAAGAUAGCCAUAGGCAUACCCGACCUCCACCCCGAGGUAGAACUACACGCCAUAAAAAGUGGAUUAAAACCAGGAAAGUUCCAGGAAACUAUUGCUGUGGCCAAACCAAAAACUAUGGCCGAAUUCUGUGAAAAAGCUAAAGGACAGAUUGACAUCGAAGAACUCCGACAAGCUCGGAAAAUAGAAAAGCCUCACUAUAAAGAUGACGACAAGCCACGGGACAGCAAGAAGAAUUUCAAACCAAUCCCACGAUAUGAAACCUACACCAAAUUCAACACCAAGCGCGAUGACAUCAUCAAGGAGAUCUUGAAUUCGAAGUUAAUCAAGCCACCACGAAAAGCUGGUAAUUACCUAGAUUCAAAAGGCACUGACCAAUCAAAAUACUGCUCUUUUCACCAGAAGCACGGACACAAUAUCGACGACUGCGUCAUCGCUAAAGACCUGCUGGAGCGAUUAGCUCGGCAAGGUCAUCUGGACAAAUUCAUCAGCGGCCAAAUGCAUCGGCGAGCACCCGCUCCGGGGGACCAAAGCUCGGCUACACAACAUAACCGAGACAGAGACCGACCGAACAAUAACCACCCCGAACUACCAACACGUACAAUUAACUGUAUUUCCGGAGGUUUCGCAGGUGGAGGAGCCACAAGUUCGGCAAGGAAAAGAUCUUACCGAGCUAUCAUUUCCAUCAACGCCGACCAAAAUCAACAACAGUCGCUACCUACAUCUCCACAGAUAACAUUCCAGAUGGCCGAUCAUAACAACACCAUAACAAAUCUGGAUGAUCCAGUCGUAAUCUCCCUACAGCUCGGAGAUCUCCUCAUUAAAAAGGUGUUGCUCGACCCAGGCAGCAGCGCUGACGUUCUCUUUUACUCGACCUUCCAGAAAAUGAAACUGAGCGAUAACAUCAUCCGACCUUCCACUGGUGACUUGGUAGGAUUCUCAGGUGAGCGAGUCCCGGUUAUGGGCUCUGUGUGGUUACAAACCACACUCGGUAAGUUCCCUUUAUCGAAAACUUCAGACAUUCAAUACUUAGUUGUCGAUUGCUUCAGUCCCUAUAAUAUUAUACUUGGCUGA